UACUGUUUUAGCACUUGCUUCGACUCGUCGCUCACCACCAGCAGCCGGUUCGGACUCGGUCCAGUAUGGAGGAAACACGUCGCUCCCUAUUCAGCCUCGCCACCGUUUGCUGCCUCCUCUUUGGAGCUUUCCUGCCGCUCCCAGGAGAUGGACAGACUCAGUCAUCAGCAGCACCCAGCACUGUGUCACACUUAAGCGUUCCCCUCAGCAGCCUAAGCCCUCAGACAACUGCACCUACUGUCACCAGCGUGGAUGGCAACAGCACAGUAACAUCACAAUUAAAUGCCAAUGGUUCAAGCUCGCCAGAACUCCCAGCUCCUGCCACUAUUGACUUCUUGAACAUUACAACAGAAUCACAGGAGAUCACUAGCAGGAAUGAUGAUAACGCGACUAUAAACUCAGCAGAAGCAAACCAGACCGGUAAUGCAGGUCCUAUCAUAACAACAUCUUGGGUUAAUUCCAGCACUAGCUUCUCACCUACAAACCCCUUUCAGUCAAAGGAGACACAAGAGCCAACAGCUACCCCCCAGCCAAAAUCUUCCACAUUCAGCAUCUUGGCAACAGCAACUACAAAAAGGACCCUUGAAACCAUGCCAGUCUCAGACCAUGAAGCUAUCAGAGAGGAGAGCACUGCUGAAUCUACAUUACCUCCAAGUACUACUGUCAUUGAUGGAAGCAUACUCACAUUGGUUGCAACCACCACCAGAUUAACCUCUGAGGCUGCCUCCUCCACAUUCAGUUCUCACAGAACCACACCAGUGGAAAUAAAGAAGUUAACUAACCAUGUAUGGGAGAAGACAUCUGGGCUGCAUAUAGAAGAUUACGGUGAAAAUCUUCCUAGCAUGCCAACAGAUGGCCCUGUAGGUGAGGAUCCCUUGGUUAUUGCUGUCAUCUUUAUCUUCAUUGUGACAGUAGGGAUCCUGGCUCUGAUGGGUUUCUUGAAGUACCGUCAGCGCAACAGUCGGCUUCAGUUUCGGCGCCUCCAAGACUUGCCUAUGGAUGACAUGAUGGAAGAUACACCUCUUUCCUUGUACAGCUACUAAGGAAGACCAUUUAGCAUCCAGAUUGGGACAAGCCAAGGGAGGCACAAAGCCUACAAAGAUUCUUACUGGGAAGAGAAUUCCCUAAAAUAUAUGGGGGGCUGCUAUAUUAAUUUGCACAUGACUAUGAAGUUGUGAAUUCAGUGACUUGUUCUUUAAAUAUACCUUUUCUUAGUGCUUAUUCUAAGAACUGGAUCCAGACUGACCCAGCCUGGUACCUCUCUGUUCUCUGCGCUCAGUGAGAGAGGGGCUGCACUAACUUAACAAUGCCAAGGGAGGUCUUGCCUGGAUUCUUGAGAGCUGCACUGAAGGACUCUUGCACAAGAAAGUGGCAAGUGACCCUAUCACAAGCCAUAUUUGUAAUUGGAAGUGCAAACCAUGCCAUGAUAUGGAGACCAAAUUGGCUCCCUCUUGAGUUUUAUGGUUUAAAAAUUGUUUUUGCACUUGUUUUAUUAGUAGUAGGAAUCAAUGAUGAUACAGAAUGAAUACAGGGAGUGGUUGAUUCUCUGCCCUCCUUGCUAGCCAAAGAAUAACCUUGCUACUGCUGAAGAAGCAAACCCUUUACUGCUGUUACAUUGAUUUCAGGGGCAGGGGGAGUAAUGGCAGUUGUAAUUUAAGCAAGCUUGAUGUUUCUAAGCUACCAUAAUAUUUGUAUAGUCCUGGUGUCUGAAAAGAGCUUAGUUAUGGAUGUGUCAGAUAUGUCCUCUUAAAGCCUUUGUUUUCCUCCCUUUUGGUUCUCACUUGUUACUUUGUUACUUGUUAGAAACCUUAAAAGAACUGCCUUAGCUACAAACUGAAGCACAGAUUAUUGCACACAGUUUGGAUCCAAAGGUGGCUGCAUUUUUUGUGGGGUUUCCCCUUGAGCAGUGCCAAUCCACACUUCUCUCAAGGGUCCCUUGAUUCUCAGGAGCAUUUUUUUUUAGUGUUGCAAAAGAUAGGAAGAGACAGGAAGGAUCCAUUUUGCCAGCAGAACUCUGCUUGCAGUUCUGUGGAUCCAGCCCUAUAUCUGUAUGGCUUUAGCUUUGCCACCUCCUAAUCUACUAUAUAAUCCCAACUACUGUUGCAUGUACCCUUCCCAAGGUUUUUGUGAUUGUGGGGAGAGAUCCAAAUGCAGCUUCAGUUGUAUGUCAGCACAAAGGUACUUUUAACAAAAAUUCUCUCAAUCCCAUCCAGUUUCCAUUUACUGCCUUCUUGCUCUUUUUUCCAUCUUUAGCUUCCUGAAGACUUCUUCAGAGGAGCCAAAGAGCCAGUAAUUUAUCUUCAUGUUGGGUUGUUUAUUAUAAAUGAACAAAUAAAAAUGCAUUUGUUGUUGUUGGUUUCAGAUA